AAUAUAUGUCUUAUCCGAGUCUUAACCUAAUCGCUGUGUCUCGGAAUCUCUCUCGGACCUAGAUCAUGGCUGGAAUGUACGGUCAAGAUGGCGAUGGCGCCCCUCCUCCAUACGGAUCUAGCGGCGGCGGUGGCUAUGGUGGCUCUGGCGGGUACGGAGGCGGUUCUGGUGGUUAUGGAGGUGGUGGUGGCGGUGGAGGCUAUGGUGGAAGCGGCGGUGGUGGCUAUGGAGGUAAGGGCAGCGAUGGUUAUGGAGGCGGUGGCGGACGUGGCGGUCGAGGUGGAGGAUAUCAAGGAGAUCGCGGUGGUGGCGGCAGAGGUGGUGACCGCGGCGGCGGCGGCGGUAGAGGCGGCCGCGGUGGCAGUGGAAGAGAUGGCGAUUGGCUGUGCCCUAAUCCAGGCUGUGGGAAUUUGAACUUUGCAAGAAGAGUUGAGUGUAACAAGUGUGGCACUCCCUCUCCUUCGGGUGCCGCCGGUGGUGAUCGUGGCAGUGGUGGUGGAGGCAAUUAUAACAGAGGAGGAACUAGUGGUGGUAACCGUGGUGGUAGGGGUGGUAACUAUGAUGGGGGUCGAAGUGGUAACUAUGAUGGUGGUCGAAGUGGUAACUAUGAAGGAGGUAAAGGUAGCAGUUAUGACGGAGGUAGAGGCGGUAGUUAUGAAAGUAGAGGCGGAGGUGGUAGUAGGGGUGGUUCUUAUGGUGGUAGCCAAGGAAGAGAUGAUGGGGGUUACGGUCAGGUUCCUCCAAAUGCACCACCGUCCUAUGGUACAGCUGGAGGCAAUUACCCAUCUUACAAUGCUAGUUAUGGAACAGAUGCUGUUCCGCCUCCUACAAGUUAUACUGGUGGACCUGCAUCAUAUCCCCCAUCUUACGGUGGUCCUGCAGGCGGUUAUGGUGGUGAUGGUCCUGGUGAUGCAAGGGGUGGUGCCCGAGGGGGCCCUCCUGCUAAAUAUGAUGGUGGAUACGGUGCUAGUGGUCGUGGUGGAUAUGGAAGUGCUGCUACGGAAGCCCCAGCUAAGGUGAAGCAGUGCGACCAGAAUUGUGAUGAUACUUGUGACAAUGCUAGAAUCUACAUAUCGAACUUGCCACCAGAUGUUACUGUUGACGAACUUCAGCAGCUCUUUGGAGGCAUUGGACAAGUGGGAAGAAUCAAACAGAAACGUGGCUAUAAGGAUCAAUGGCCAUAUAAUAUCAAAAUAUACACAGAUGAGUCUGGAAAAAACAAGGGCGACGCAUGUUUAGCCUAUGAAGAUCCCUCUGCUGCACAUUCAGCUGGUGGAUUUUACAAUGAUUAUGAGUUAAGGGGCUAUAAGAUCAGUGUUGCGAUGGCGGAGAGGUCGGCUCCAAGGCCUUCAUUUGAACAAGGCAGUGGUGGUGGUGGUGGUGGUGGUAGAGGUGGAUAUGGAGGCGGUGACAGGCGCAACAACUAUAGAGACGGUGGAGCGGAUAGACAUCAGCAUGGUGGAAACCGUUCACGUCCUUACUGAGAGAAGUUCCAGAUGAGGCAGAUUUUAUGUAAUGAGAAUUGUUGUCUGAGGGUUUUUGUAGUAUUCCGUUGGAGGGUUCUUAAACGGGAGACUAAGAGGUAGGUUGUUCACUAACCCUGAGCAAGUCCUCUGUCCUCCUAUAUUCAACUUCACCUACAACUACCUGUAGGAGUUUCAGUUAUAGGCAUGGGAUUGAUUUUAGUUGUGUGAAUGUUUUAUAGAGACAAGUGGAUAAUCUCCAAAUUGCUUGCUGCUAUGCUAGGUUGAUAUUUUCAGGUGA